CACGCGACGACUGCUCUGCCCAGUCAACUUCGCCAUCACCAUGUCGGGCUCGGACUCCGACGGCCCAGCCCUGCCGCCCGACGUCGAUAUCGAGCAGUCCCUGCGCGAUGCCGUGCGCGAAGUUUUCCAAUCCGGAAAUGCUGACGAGCUCACCGUCAAACGCAUACGCAAGGCCGUCGAGCUGAAGCUAGACCUAUCUGACGACUUCUUCAAGACUAAUUCUGAAUGGAAAGACCGUAGUUCGGAAACAAUUAAAAGCGAAGUACGCAUUCAAGAAGAGAAAGCGGAAGCCAGUGAGCCGGAACCCACCCCGGAAAAGCCCAAGCCCAAAGCCCAAAGGAAGGCUCCGGCUAAAAAGGCAGUCACGGCCAAAAAGCCAGCAAAGAGAGCGGCUGCUGCGCCAAAACCAAAGGCGCGGAAGCGCAGAAAGACGUCUGUUUCUGACGACGAGGAAGAGCCCGACGAGCCCGUCCGCAGUGAUGCAUCCUCUGCAGAAGAUGAAGCGCCCAAGAAGUCGCGCAAGCCCAGAAGUCAAGCGGUUGUAGAAGACGACGAAAACUCAGCAGGCCCGGAUGAAGUAAGCCCAGCAGCAAAGCCCUCGGCUACUUCCGGAGAGGAUGAAGAGCCCAAAGCCGACAAGGCCUCGAUCACGCCCACAGAAGACAAAGCAGCAGCAGCAGACUCGGACAGCGAGCUAUCAGUCCUAAUAGACGAGUCGCCGAAGCCCAAGAAAAAGCGCGCCACCAAAGCCACCACCAGCAGCAGCAAGGCCAAAAAAGGCAACAACACCGCCACCAAAGCCAAAACCAGCAGCGCCAAAAGCAAAGACGACAAAGACGCCGACCCGCAAGAAGCCGAGGUCAAGCGGCUGCAAGGCUGGCUAGUCAAAUGCGGCAUCCGCAAGCUGUGGGGCAAGGAGCUGAAGCCCUUUGACAGCAGCCGGGCCAAGAUCGCGCACCUGAAGGCCAUGCUGGCCGACGUGGGCAUGGAGGGCCGCUACUCCGAGGACAAGGCCCGCCGCAUCAAGGAGCAGCGCGAGCUGGCCGCCGACUUGGAGGCCGUGCAGGAGGGCGCCAAGCGCUGGGGCCAGGCGGGCGAGGACGACGACGACGACGACGACGUCGACGACCACGCCGCCCGCCCUAAGCGGCGUAUUGCGCGCGGCUUGAGAGAUUUGGAGGGCUUGAUUGAUAGCGAUGGCGGCGAGGAGACUGAUUAGAGCGGGCGGGCGGGCGAGCGGGCGGGACCAUGGCUCAGCAGAGCGCUCUGUCAUCCUCCUCAUCCUUCUCCUUCAUCUAGGCAGUGUUGGCCUGGGCGCCAUGCAUCUCUUGUUUUCCUGUUUCAUCCGGUAUCCGAACUUUGCAGAGCAGCGAAGGGGGCUUUUCUUCUCAUUUUCACCCCACGGAACAAUUUCACGACUUUGGGUUACGAAAAGCGGCCAGGACGGGUCGGUUUUGCAUUGCUUCGGAGAGUAGAUGAUGCUGCUACUGGUCUAGGGCUGUGAGGGAAGUACCGACAGGAUGCUAAUAUGGCUAUACAGUCUUGCAGUGUAAUUAACGAGCAUUGAACCGUGUG